ACAACAUUCCUUUGUAUGUUUAACAAUGUAGCUGACCUUAUUGCAGAGGUGGAUAUUUUCGACCCAAAAUUAAUUCCUCUUUCUUUUUCCCCUUUACAGUUGUGGGGUGUCAUUAAACAAGGAUACAGGUGUCAGGACUGUGGCAUCAACUGUCACAAACAUUGCCGGGACAUGGUGGUACUGGAGUGCAAGAAACGUAACAAAAGCCCACAGAGUGAAGGCACGGUGCAGUGCCCCCUGACCCUCUCCCUGUUGACGCCUGUCCCUCAGAAGAGUCACGGAUCUGGUAAUGAAGAUGAUAUAUUCACGUACUGUCAGAAUGAAAGUGCCGAGCACUCUGAUGACAGUAAGGACCACACAAUUGUUGUAAUGGGUCACUUGAAUCAGAAGAUCUCGGUGCGGGUAAAGCCCACCACAGCUGACAAGUCAACACAGACCGAGCUGGACGAACCGGGCAUCAGGGCGGUAGCGGAUGCUAGGCCCGACGUAGGGGAGGACCCCAAACUCCGGCUGGUUCACCCGGGCAGGCAGCAGAAGGUUGGCAACGAGGACAGGGAGGUGCCAGAGCGUGAACACUGGGUACAGAGUCUACAGGAGGUACAGCAGCAAAGAAACCAGCUGGCUCUGGAGAACAGUGAGCUUCACAAAGUGAAGGCCUACCUGGAGGCUGAGAACAGCAGGCUACAGGAUCAGGUGUGUGCCAUACAGGAACAAUUGGACACUCUCAGACAGCCCACAGUCACCCUCAUCCUGGAGCAAAUGGAUAAUCUCCAGGUGGAGCGUGACUCCAAAAUAUGAACCUGCACCAUCGCCCCGUUCUGUCUGGGAGAAGGGGAAGGCAGGGGGAGCAGCACUGUUCAAACUAUUAACACACCGACACACAAUCACAAGAAACCACGUUUGGGUUUUACUUCAUAUUUGCUGUGUAGCUUAUUGCUGAAGACUGGCGUUACCUCAGAGAACAGGCUGAAGCGACUCUCCGCUCCUUCCCCACCACCCCGCCCUCAUCACCUCCCCGUUACCCCCCCCCCCCCGCCAUCACUCAUCAGGCGGGCAGUCAGACAAUGAGAAACAGUCAGGCUCUCCUUCACACUAGGCCUCAGAGACAGCCUCAAGCACUUUCAGCUCAGAGGGAACAUGGCCAGUGGCCCUCCUCCCCAUUCUCCUCACUAACUACAACAACAACCUGCCCGAAUUUUACUUCAGAAGGUGCCCGCCCAACCCCACCCCCUGUGUCAACGCAAACUUGAGGCUCGGUGUCUCUCUUCACUGUCCACGGGUGGAAGUGGAAUUUCGUGGAUGUCCCUCCGAUGGGUGACAUCGAUCCGUUGGACGCCUGGACUCAAUGUUUUGUCCUCUCCAGCUGCACCCACCCACAGGCUCCGGCCUCUGAUCGGACUGGGCCUUGAGCCAAGGCUGAACCAAACUCCGGCGCCCGGCACGAUCGUUUCCCGGUUCUAACCGUCCGAUGGCACCGGUGACCUGGUCCGGCAAGUCGGCGUUUUCCGGAUGGAUUCCCAAUCUCCCGCCCAUCCCCCACCUUCAGUCACGUACGAGUGACCAGCCGGGAUCGUAUUGGAUGCAGGAUUGAGUUCGAGGAGGUCAACUCGUGAUCCCGUAUUUCGUUGAAUCCACCUGGAGGAAGCGGGGGUGCACUGGGAGGAGUGGCACGUCCUGGCAGAAUGGCCGCUCGUGGUGAAUGCUGGAAGGAAGGGAGUUUCGCUGGCGAUUCUGGACCAUCCGAUUUACCCAAGCUUUUCCAGCUGCGCCCUAUUGGGGCUGACACCGCCCACCUGAGUCAUCCUUUGAAGCUGAAGCCCUUGUGUUGCCGGGGGAUAACGGGCCCGCGGUUAUACCGGGCGUGCGUGAGCUGUUCCCCCCGUGGUCAUUUCCAUCUUGGGUUCACCGGUGAACCAGCCCAACAUGAGAAACCACCCACAGCUCCUCUCUUCCUGUCAACACCUGAAAUAUAUCCCGAGCCUCUCGUCUACAGCGUUUCCUCAAGCUUGGAAUAAAAAUGUUGGUGAUGCUUCAUGAAGGAAGUGGAGGAGCCUAUUUGUCGUAAUGUGGGACUUUCGGAAUCUCCUUAAAAAGCAGAGAAGCACUUUGAUAAAGUGCCUUUACUCUCGUGCACUUACAGGUCGUUUUGUCACCGUAGCUAGAUUUAGCUGAGAGUUCAGGCCAUUCCCUUGGGUACUCUGCUACCUCAGUGCAGUGUGGAGGGGGUACUUCACUGCCAGAGGCACUGUUUACUGCACUGCGUGGUGGGCUGCCCAUCCAAGGGGGACAUAAAACAGCUCCCUGUCACCGCACAGUGUGUGUUACCCAAUGUUCAUACCUCAACCACUGGAAACCGAGCCGACUGGCCCAGUCAACGAAAAGGUGUGAAGAGACCCCCACCCACCCAUCCACAUCCGCAUCCCGCAGAGAUAAACACAGGUUGCCAUCCCGGUUAUGGUCUUUCCCAGAGUCGCUGAACGUUAAAUGUAACUGUGAGCAGUAACCUGCCUGGAAAGAUGGAGCCUCGCGUGGGAACAGCAAGGAGUGUACAUUUAAUUAGCGCCUUGUGAUCUCUACCCCGGGGGGAGAGUUAGGACUCAACUGUAGCCAUACUGUUUGUACCAAGACUUUUAGAUAAAAAGGCAGCUUUGCCAAUAUUUUGAACCUUU